AUGGAUCCUCUUGCUUCCGAAGCUCCGUCGUCUGGAACUCACUUACCGUCGCUUACAGAUCCCAACUCCAAUCCUCUCUUCGUUCAUCAUGCUGAUCACGCUGGGAUUUCCCUUGUCUCUGAGAAGCUUACUGGUAUAGGGAACUUCAAUAGCUGGCGUAGAUCUAUGCUCAUGGCCUUAGGUGCUAGGAAUAAAGCUGUGUUUGUUACUGGUGUGUUUCCGGAAUUAGAUGUUAAUCAUCCUGAUUAUGGUUCUUGGUCGCGCUGUAACAACAUUGUGAGCACUUGGAUUGUGAACUCUGUUGAUAAAUCCAUUGUGAAGAGUAUCAUGUAUUUGGAGACGGCUAAACAGAUGUGGCAGGAUCUUCAUGAUCAGUUCAAGCAGAGUGAUGGACCAAGGACUGCUGAUAUCAAGCAACAGAUCUACUCUGAAGUUCAAGGUUCUAACACAGUGAGUGUGUUUACACUCGUCUUAAGCAACUAUGGGAAGAGCUUAAGAAUCAUGAAGCUCCCUAUACGUGUUGCUGCGGAUCGUAUUCUCAAGUUUCUCAUGGGAUUGAAUGAGACCUUCACGGCUAUUCGAGGACAGAUACUGAUGAUGGAACCUAAGCCGGCUAUCUCGAGGGUUUUUAACCUGAUUUCUCAAGAAGAACGUCAAAGGUCUAUGAAAUCUGCAAGCAACAUGACCUUCCAGACUUCUCUUGGAGAUUCAUCUCAGGAACCAGUAGUUGCUGCAUACUCUGGAGGAUACAAUAAGCAAAGGAAUCGUCCUAUUUGCUCUCAUUGUGGACUUGCUGGUCAUACAGUGAAUCGUUGCUACAAACUUCACGGGUAUCCUCAAGGUUACAAGAUUCCCAACACGGCGUCUAAGUCACAAGACAUGUCUUCUAACAAGUCUAGUUCUCAGCAACAACAGUGGUCUAAGGGCUCUACCGUAGCAAAUCUUACACAUGAAUCUGGAGGUAUUACUAUGCAUGAUCAUCAGGGUACUCACUUGGGGACAGUCACAUUGGAUCAAGUUCAGAAACUUCUAAGUGUUCUCAACACCAACUCUGGUGGUUCGGAGAACAACAACUCUCAGAUUGUGGGUAGUGUACUUAAACUCUCUGAUGGAUCAGUCUCGACUUUUAAACCUCAACCUCACAUAGUUCCUUUGAUCACUGAUGAUGCAUUUUCUUCAGAUACUGGUGCUAGUUGUCAUGUUUACUCUGACUUGACUGUUUUCUCUACUACUUCUGUGAUAUCUGAUACAAAUGUUGUUUUGCCUGAUGGAUCUCGUAUUCAUGUGACUAUCUCUGGUACUAUUGAGCAUAUUCCGGAUUACGUGAUUGGGAAGGGUAACCUCCACAAUAAUCUCUAUAUCAUGGACUCUCAUGCUCCUGAUUCACCUUCUAUUGCUCAAUCGUCCAUGAAAUCUGAAAUGAACUCUCUAGAGGAGACUGGAACUUGGUCCAUCUGUGAACUGCCUUCCGGUAAACACCCUGUUGGUUGUAAGUGGAUCAAUACCUACAAGUUCAAUCCUGAUGGUACGGUGGAACGUCCGAAGUCUCGCCUCGUUGCAAAGGGGUAUACUCAGUUAGAAGGCUUAUAUUACUUGGAUACCUUCUCGCCUGUUGCAAAGCUGGGUACUAUGCGUCUCUUACUAGCUUUGGUUGCUGCUAAGAAGUGGACUACAUCUCAACUUGAUGCUUCUAGACAGUGGAACCAGAAGCUCUCACAGGUCAUUACUUCUGAAGGAUUCAAGCAAGCUCCUUCAGAUCACUCUCUCUUUGUUCGAAGCUCUGGUUCAACGUUUGUAGCAGCACUCAUCUAUGUAGAUGAUAUCUUGAUUGUCGGCAAUGACAAUUUUGUGAUUGAAUCAUUCAAGAAGGCUUUGCAGAGUGCAUUCAAGCUUCGUGAUCUUGGCCCUGCUAAGUAUUUUUUGGGUUUUGAGAUCGCCCGCAAUGAGACUGGGAUCUCUAUUAACCAGCGGAAGUAUAAUCUAGAGUUACUCCAAGACGCUGAUGCCUCUAUAUACAGGAAGAUUGUUGGCAAGCUUCUUUAUCUCACUCACACUCGACCAGAUAUCACAUAUGUCGUACAUAAACUCAGUCAGUUUAUGUCCGCACCUCGCACUGAUCAUUUGAAAGCAGCACAACGCGUCUUACGCUACUUGAAAAAUGAUCCUACACAAGGUUUAUUUUACUCUGCUUUGUCCGAAGUUUCACUGACUGCGUUUUGUGAUGCUGAUUGGGGUGCUUACAUAGACUCAAGAAGGUCAACUACAGGCUAUUGUGUCUUCUUAGGUGACUCUCUGAUAUCUUGGAGAGCAAAGAAACAACAGACAGUUUCACGUAGCAGCUCGGAGGCAGAGUAUAGAUCUAUGGCAGACACGACGUGUGAACUUAUCUGGAUAGAUUCUCUACUCCGUGAUCUUCAUUGUCCCCAUGCAGGUCCAGCAAAGCUAUUCUGUGAUAACCAGUCUGCUCUCCACAUUGCUUCCAACCCUGUCUACCACGAGAGGACAAAGCAUAUUGAGAUUGACUGUCAUGUGGUUCGGGAGAAACUACAGAGUGGUUUCCUCAAGACUAUGCACGUGAAGUCAGAACACCAAUUGGCUGACAUCCUCACGAAGGCUGUCCAACCUGCUGUGUUCAAACACUUACUACUCAAGAUGGGAAUUCAUCAUCUCUUUGUUCCAUCUUGA